UGUUUCCGGGUCGCUGUGACCUCCGUAAGCUCCGCCCUGUCCGCCAUCCUUCUCUCUCUGCCCCGGGAGCAGGACAGAUCCUCAGGUUUCAAACAUGCUGUCACUUCGGCUCGCAGCGGCUCUUGCUCGCAACUUACCACGAAGAGCUGGAUUUGUAUCUAAGAAUGUUGCUGCAGCAUGUGUUGGAGCAAAGAAUCUGCACACUGCCCAGCCAUGGCUUCAGAAAACAGGCACAGCUGAAGUGUCAUCCAUUUUGGAGGAGAAGAUCAUGGGAGCUGACAUCAGCGCUGAUUUAGAGGAGACUGGCCGUGUGCUGUCCAUUGGUGACGGUAUUGCCAGAGUCUACGGCCUUAGGAACGUGCAGGCCGAGGAGAUGGUGGAGUUCUCCUCUGGUCUGAAGGGUAUGUCUCUGAACUUGGAGCCUGACAAUGUUGGUGUUGUGGUGUUUGGUAAUGACAAGCUCAUCAAAGAGGGUGACAUCGUCAAAAGAACUGGUGCUAUCGUCGACGUGCCUGUUGGUGAAGAGCUCCUCGGCAGAGUUGUUGAUGCUCUGGGAAAUGCAAUUGAUGGGAAGGGCCCUCUUGGCUCCAAGAUCCGUAGACGCGUGGGGCUAAAGGCCCCUGGCAUCAUCCCCCGUAUCUCUGUGAGGGAGCCCAUGCAGACUGGCAUCAAAGCUGUGGACAGUUUGGUCCCCAUCGGCCGUGGACAGCGUGAGCUCAUCAUCGGAGACAGGCAGACAGGCAAAACUGCCAUCGCAAUUGACACGAUAAUCAACCAGAAACGCUUCAACGAUGGAACUGAUGAGAAGAAGAAGCUCUACUGCAUCUAUGUUGCUAUUGGCCAGAAGAGAUCCACUGUGGCUCAGCUGGUUAAGAGGCUAACUGAUGCUGAAGCCAUGAAGUAUACCAUCGUGGUCUCUGCCACUGCCUCUGACGCCGCUCCUCUGCAGUACCUGGCUCCCUACUCUGGCUGCUCCAUGGGGGAGUACUUCAGAGACAACGGCAAGCAUGCCCUCAUCAUCUACGAUGAUCUCUCCAAGCAGGCUGUCGCCUACCGUCAGAUGUCCUUGCUGCUUCGCCGUCCACCCGGUCGUGAGGCCUACCCUGGAGAUGUCUUUUACUUGCAGAACGACAACUUCGGCGGCGGCUCCCUCACCGCCCUUCCUGUCAUCGAGACACAGGCUGGAGACGUGUCGGCCUACAUUCCAACAAACGUCAUCUCCAUCACAGAUGGACAGAUCUUCUUGGAGACGGAGCUGUUCUACAAAGGUAUUCGUCCGGCCAUCAACGUCGGUCUGUCGGUGUCACGUGUUGGAUCUGCUGCCCAGACCAGGGCCAUGAAGCAGGUGGCUGGAACAAUGAAGCUCGAGCUGGCCCAGUACCGUGAGGUGGCUGCCUUCGCUCAGUUUGGCUCCGAUCUGGACGCCGCCACGCAGCAACUGCUGAACCGUGGUGUUCGUCUGACCGAACUCCUUAAACAGGGACAGUACUCUCCAAUGGCUAUUGAAGAACAGGUAGCAGUCAUUUAUGCCGGUGUGAGAGGCCACCUGGACAAGAUGGAGCCAAGCAAGAUCACUAAGUUUGAAAAGGCUUUCCUGCAGCACAUAUUGAGCCAGCAACAAGACCUGCUGGCAGCUAUAAGGGUUGAUGGGAAAAUAUCUGAAGCUUCUGAUGCUAAACUCAAGCAAAUUGUCUUGAAUUUCCUCUCCAGCUUUGAGUAAAGUGAUGUUUAUUUGGUUUCCUGACUUUGUUUGCGUUGUAAAGCAUUUGUCACACGUUCGGUAAACUUGAGAAAAAAAAAAUGUAAGGCACUUGACUUUUAAUGUACCGUUAUCUCCUAAAGCAGAAUAAAGCGUUCUAAGUCACAUUGGCAAA